AUGCCGUUGCUCGUUGUCGUUGUCGUCCUGCGACGGCUGACCCGGCAGGCUGGGACCUCUUUUGUGGAUCCUGCCCUCCGCACAAAGCUCCAAGCCCCACAAGUCGUUGGGUUCUCCAGCCCUCUAGCUCUCAACCGCUUCUUCACAUGCCAGAUCAUCUCUAGUGCGGGGUCAGCAUGGCAAAUCGACCUCCGCUUCGUAUCGUCGGCACCCGAUAUCUAG